CAUUUGAACUAUGACAGUACAAUAAGCCACAAGAUGUGAGUCAGCAGCAAUAAAAAUCCAAUGCUAUUUGGAUAAGAUUGUUUUUCUUAUAGCUUGAAAACGCAAGACAGUUAUUUUGGGACCCAAUACAGUGCCACUCAUCAUUUCUAUAUAUGAAAACCUGAUCCUCAAUCUUCUUCAACUUAUUACAACAACGUCGCAUUCCACCCUACCAUGCUCUCAGUAUCUUCUCUCUCACCUCUCAGCACCGUCGCCACUUUCUCCGGCAAAACCAUCUCAUCAAAACCGUGCCACGUCAGACCGCGAAGAAUAUUCGUUUCUGCCACCGCCACUACAACCGAAGCUAUCUCUUCUCAGCUACCCCGCGGCAUGGCUUCCGGCUCGCUUUACGAGAUUCUUGGAAUUGCGGCAGCCGCUUCCGAUCAGGAAAUUAAGACAGCGUACCGGCGUCUCGCGAGAGUUUCUCACCCUGACGUGGCGGCGGUUCAUCGGAAGAAUUCUUCGGCGGAUGAGUUCAUGAAGAUUCAUGCUGCGUACUCGACUCUGUCGGAUCCCGAAAAGCGUGCAAACUAUGAUAGAAGUUUGUUCCGUCGUCGGCAACCGCUGACGGCGAGUAGGUUUUCUGGAUACAGAAUUCGGAACUGGGAAACGGACCAGUGCUGGUAGCGAGUUGACCCAGACUGAGUUGAAUUGAUAUUUGUAUCUUAAGGCGCAGUUAUUAUUAGAUCGCCUUUGAGUAUCUUAUUCUUAAUUACUACUAGUAUUCUAAGACUAAUACUAAUUAUUACUUAAACUUAA